AUGGCGGUGACCACACUUCGAUCUCUCUCUCUAAAGCCCCUCAGAAGACAACAUGUGUUUGUGUUGAAAGCUUUCUUCAUAGCCACCCUCUGCUCUCUCUUCUUCAUUCUUGGUUCCAACAGCACCUCUUCUCUUGCCCUGAAAGACCACAACACCUUCAAACAACCCUGCCUCCACCAUAAUGUCUCUACCCUAGGCCUCAACCAAAAUCACUUUUCAAAGCCACUUCGGUUCGAACCCCACCACUUCCUUUCUCUUCCACAAACCCCCCACCACCACUUCUUCCACUACUGUCCUACCAACUUCACCAACUACUGCCCCUGCCAUGACCCACAUCGAGAAACCCACUUUUUGGAUGGAAGAAACUUUCACAAAGAAAGGCAUUGCCCCGCAUCCAAUGAAAGACUUAGAUGCUUGAUCCCCGCCCCAUUUGGCUACCGCAACCCAUUCCCGUGGCGUCAGAGCAAAGACACUGCUUGGUUUAAUAACGUCCCUUUUCCUAAACUCACUCAAUACAAAAAAAGACAGAAUUGGGUUAGACUCCAAGGUAACCGCUUUGUGUUCCCUGGAGGUGGCACUUCCUUUGUCAAUGGAGUCAAAGGCUAUGUUGAUGCCAUACGACGUGUUGUGCCCCUCAAAUCUGGGAAAAUCCGAACAGCACUUGAUGUUGGGUGUGGGGUUGCUAGCUUUGGAGCCUCUCUAAUGGACUAUAACAUCUUAACAAUGUCAAUUGCACCAAAGGAUGCACAUGAAGCUCAAGUACAGUUUGCUCUUGAAAGGGGACUUCCAGCCAUGCUUGGAGUGCUGAGCCGCCAUAGACUCCCUUUCCCUUCAAGAUCAUUUGAUAUGGCUCAUUGUUCCAGAUGUCUUGUACCAUGGACUGCUUAUGAUGGGCUAUAUCUACUUGAGAUUGACCGAGUUUUGCGCCCUGGUGGAUAUUGGAUACUGUCUGGGCCUCCCAUAAAUUGGAGAAGAAGCUAUAGAGGAUGGGAAGCUGAACCCAUGGUAUUGGAAAAAGAUCAAAACACUUUAGAAGACCUUGCAAGGAGAAUGUGUUGGAAAAAAAUUGCCGAGAGAGAACACAUUGCAGUAUGGCAAAAGCCAACAAAUCAUAUCCACUGCAUCCAGAAGUUAAAGACUUGGAAGUCCCUUCAGUUUUGCUCCUCAUCUGAUGCUGAUGCUGAUGCUGGUUGGUACACAAGAAUGAAAGCAUGCAUUGUUCCUCUUCCAUUUGUUAAAGAUAUCAACGAAAUGGCAGGUGGUGCCCUUGAGAAAUGGCCUAAAAGGGUUGCUGCUGCUCCACCUAGAAUUAGAAAUGAAGGAAAUGGCGGAAUCACAAUUCAAGCUUUUAAUGAAGAUAAUCAGAUGUGGAAAAAGAGAGUUUCACAUUAUGAAGUCAUACUCAAGUCCCUUACCAGUGGUAAAUAUAGAAAUGUGAUGGAUAUGAAUGCUGGGUUUGGAGGAUUUGCAGCUGCAAUGGCAAAAUAUCCAGUAUGGGUUAUGAAUGUUGUUCCCUAUGAUGCAAAAAACAGCACUCUUGGCAUUAUCUAUGAGCGAGGUCUAAUUGGAGCUUACAUGGAUUGGUGUGAACCCUUUUCAACGUACCCUCGAACAUAUGAUCUAAUCCAUGCCAGUGGUUUAUUCAGCUUGUAUGCGGACAGAUGUGACAUUACUGAUAUACUUAUCGAAAUGCAUCGGAUUAUUCGGCCUGGAGGAGGUGUUAUCGUUAGAGAUGAUGUAGAUGCAAUUGUCAAAGUAGAGAAUGUAAUAAAUCAAAUGAAGUGGGAUGCCAAAAUAUUCCACAAUGAGGAUGGCCCUUUCCACCACCAAAAACUCCUACUCCUUCACAAUAUUCAUUCAAUUCCAACCCAAUAA